ACAGUUGUCGAACUUCAACACGCGAAAAAGAGGCGUUCCCCUUCUUCUCCUUCUUCCUCUCUGUCUCUCUCUCUCGUCCUUGCGCAUAGCUUUUCACGAUUAGGGUUUUACUGCUGUAAUUCGUUUGAAACCCUAACCGGAGAUCUCCCUUCCUCAACGAUGGACCACGGCGGCGGCGGGGGAGGCGGAGGGUUCCAUCGGAGCGAGGCGAUCUCCGCCGUGCAGGACGAGGAGCAGUUCUACGGGGAGGACGAUGAAUACGACGACCUCUACAGCGACGUCAACGUCGGGGAGGGAUUCCACCAGACGUUCCACGGUGGCGACGAUGCAAGGGGCUUCCAGGAUCGGGACGAGAGACUGAGCGACCACCCGCCGCCACCGCCUCAGGAUCCGCCCCAGCAGCCGGUGGUGGAGCCCUUGGAAAGGGUUCAGAUACCCGGAAUCGCCGGGGAGCCGAAGAUCGAGCGGCCUGCUGAUAGAUCCGGCGGUUUCCCCGACCCAGGGAUUAGACCAGGGGGCGAGUCGGUAGAUGGGGCUAGACAGCCUGCGCUGCUACCUCCACCGCGGCUUCCGGUGGCGUCGGGUACAGGUAGAACUGAUCUGGGUCAGUCUUCCAGUAGAUCUGUCCAGAUCCAGGGACAUAAUGAGAAUACUAGCUACGUCAACGAGGGUUUACAGAGGCCGGGGGGUGGCUUUGGGAACGAGGGUUUCCAGAGGCAAGGAGGUGGCGGAGGUGUAGUUGUACUUGCAGGUAACUCUAAUGGCGUGGCUGAUGCAGGUGGCAGUGGCGGAGCCGGAGUUGGUGGCACCACUCUUUUUGUUGGCGAACUCCAUUGGUGGACGACGGAUGCAGAGCUUGAGGCAGAGCUCUGCAAAUAUGGACAGGUGAAAGAAGUGAAAUUUUUUGAUGAGAGGGCGAGCGGGAAAUCAAAAGGAUACUGUCAGGUUGAUUUCUAUGACCCAAUGGCUGCAGCAGCCUGCAAAGAGGGUAUGAAUGGGUACAUUUUCAAUGGUAGGCCUUGUGUUGUGGCAUUAGCUUCACCACACACUGUUCGGCGAAUGGGUGAGAACCAAGUGAACAAGAACCAGCAGGCAUCAGCCCAGUCCCAGCCACCUGCACUUGCUCAGAAGGGUAGAGGAGGUGGUGGGCCUUCAGUUGGUGGACGUGGAGGUGGCGGUGGUGGUGGGAAUUGGGGAAGAGGUGGUGGGAUGGGAAACAGAGGGCCGAUGGGUAAUAUGAGAAACAGAAUAGGUCCAGUUGGUGGAAGGGGUAUCAUGGGUAAUGGUGGAAUUGUUGCCCCACCGCCACCUGUGUUGCAUCCUGGAGCUAUGCUUGGUCAAGGCUUCGAUCCGACGGGCUAUGGAGCAGCAAUGGGGAGAAUGGGUGCUGGCUUUGGAGGUUUUCCCGCCGGUGCAGCUGGGGCUCCUUUUCCUGGAAUGAUGCCGUCGUUCCCGCCUGUUGUGGCUCCUCAUGUCAACCCAGCUUUCUUUGGGCGGGGAUUGGCUCCUGGUGGCAUUGGGAUGUGGUCUGAUCCCAAUAUGGGUGGAUGGGGAGGUGAAGAGCAGUCCAGCUAUGGAGAGGAUGCCACAUCUGAUCAGCAGUAUGGAGAAGGGAGCCAUGGGAAGGAUAGGAUGGUGGAAAGGGACCGCUACAGUGCUCCAGACAGGAAACCUGAAAGGGAGAAAGAUAUGGGUUCUGGGCAGGACUGGCCAGAGAGAAGAUACCGUGAUGAGAGGGAAAGGGAUACAGGGAGAGAUAAGGAAAUGGGUCCUGAGAGGGAUCGAGAAUGGGAGAGGGAAAGGGAGAGGGACAGAGAAAGAGAUAGGGAAAGGGAGCACGAAGUUGAUCGAGAACGCAAUAGAUAUCGAGAUGACAGAGAUAGACGUAGUGAUCACUAUAGGCACAGGGAUCGGGAGCCAGAUCGUGAUGAUGACCGGGACAGAGGGAGAUCAUCUAGGCCUCGCAGCAAGUCGAGGGAGGUUGAACAUUCAAAGAGGCGCCGUCCAUCAUCUGAAUGAUUUAGGCCCUUUGCAAUGUCCUCAGCGCGGAAAGAUGUUAUUAAGCUGUUAAGCAUAUGUUUUAGUAUCUGCUCUUUUGACAGGUUAAAUAUAUCUUUUUUGAGAAUCCUUGCGAGGGCCCUGCUAAGUGAUAUGACCAAAGAGCUGAAGUUUCUUUUAUCACCUAACCCUGGGCAAUUUCUUCUUGGUGUUGUCAUUGACCUUCAAGCAUCGAGAUUGUGGUUUGCCUCGUUGGUGCAUGCUGUUUGAAUUAAAAUUGAACUACUGGGUGGUAAGUUUUGACAUGAUAUAUGGGACUUGGUAGUGUGAUUGGUCUGCUGAAAGAACUAUUAUAGACACUCCAUCAGUUAUGCUAUGCUAUAUCAGACAUGGAACUAUUAUCAUGUUUUUAUAUAGCUCUUUGCAAGGUUU